UUGCCCUAGCCAUCACCUCCCCUCCUCCUCUCCAGCGCCCGAGAUCACCGCAGCUGAGCGUCGCCGCCGGGUCAUCGCCGUCUACUCGUCCUCGCCAUCGAGCUCACCCCUCGUCAUCAGCCACGCCUCCGACGGCAUUCGAGCUCAGCCCUCAGGUUCAUCGCCGCCUCCGGAGAUCGAUCAAGCCCUCGACGUCAUCCUCGCCAUCACCUCCCCCCUCCUCUCCACCUCACGAAAUCGCCGCAGCCUGCGCUUGCCGUCCCCGCUCAGUGUUGCCGCCGGCUCAUCGCACUUCGCCGCUGUCGAGCUCGCCUCCACCGAGGUAAGGCAUCAGGUCUAAAUUAACGUGUUAGUUCUAACUGAAAUGCAUGUUAGCUAGCUCUAAAUUAACGUGUUAGUUUUAACUGAAAUGCAUGUUAAUGCUACCGGGAUGCAUGUUAGCUCUAAUGGAGAUGAUGUUAGUUCUAUUACGAGGCAUGUUAGUUCUAGUUGGCGUUCCUGUUAGAUCUAGUGGAUUUCAUGAUGGUUCUAUCUUCCCUCAUGCAUAUUCCUUGGAUCUAUCUUCUUCCUUUUAAUUUCAGCUCAUACAUUACUUGGUUUGCAGCACUCACUCUAUGGCUACGAGCCGGAUAAUUUAGAGCUAUUUUUGCCAUGUAUUGUUAAAUUGGAUAUAAACUUUAAAUUUGGUUUAAACUAUCGUUUAGAAAUUGUUUAGUGAAAUUGAAAGAUCAACUUGAUGACGUUUUUUGAGCGAUUUUGAACUUCUUAUAUGUGAUAAUUUGAUAGCUUGUAUAGACACUCCACCAAUUCUCUCACGUGAGGCAACAAUGGAAGAAGAUAAAAGCCAGGACCAUGAUCUACUAUCUACAACAUGGCUUCCCCCUCAGGCAUCCGAGCAUGAGGAGAAUGGUGAUGAGCUUAUGGGCGUUGAAAAUGGUGAAGAUAAUUUAAACAGCGUUGAUCCAUAUAUCGGAAUGGAGUUCUCUACUCAUGAGGAAGCUUAUAAUUUCUACAAUGCAUACGCCAGACUUAAGGGAUUUGGUGUUCGCAAGGGUCACACAGCUUGGUCGAGAAAGAAAGAUGCAAUCCUAUCUAGAAUAUUUGUAUGUGACAAAGAAGGCUUUAAAUCUUUAAAAGAUAAAAGAGAAGAUGGUCGGAAUGUAAUUCGAAAGUUCGAUACAAGAUGUGGAUGCAACGCAAGGAUGGUUAUUGGACUUGAUAGAAGCACUGAAAAAUGGGUGGUCCGAAAGUUAAACAGUAAGCAUAAUGGUCAUCCAUUAACCACCCCAACUCGGGUAAAGAAGCACUACUCACAUCGGACACUUCAUCGAGCUCAAUCGACAAAAAGGUUGAUAGAUACUCUUGACAAUCAAGGUUUACGGCCUUCUGCCAUUUGUAAGGUUGUAGACGUUGCUCAUGGCAAUGAACAAGGCUCUCUCACUCAACAAGAAUGCCAAGCACAACUUAGACUUAAACGAAGAAACAACGUCGGCCAUGAGUGCGUGAACAUAGUUCGUCAAUUUCAAGAGAAAAAGGUAUCUGAUCCUCAAUUUUACUUCGCACUUGAUUUAGAAAAUGAUGGGACGAUGAGAAGUGUUUUUUGGAUGGAUGGUAGGUCGAGGACUUCUUACUUGCAAUUUGGAGAUGUUGUUUGCUUUGAUGUUACAUAUAGAACGAACAAUUUAAAAUUGCCGUUUGCACCAUUUACGGGCGUUAACCAUCAUCGACAGUCUACUCUAUUUGGGUGUGCGUUACUGGCCGAUGAAACGGAGGAGACGUUUAUAUGGUUAUUUAGCCAAUGGUUAAAAUGUAUGUCGGGUAUAGCACCAGUAACAAUCAUCACUGAUCAAGAUAAAGCUAUGUGUGGUGCUAUUCACAAAGUUUUUCCUAAAACUCGCCAUCGCUUUUGUUCUUGGCACCUUCGUAGGAAUGCCUUACAAAAUCUUCAAUCAAUGCAUAAUGAUUAUGGUGAGGAUGUUGGUGUAAAGUAUAACAAAUGGUAUUGGAGUAAAUCGGAAGAAAAAUUUGAAAAGCGUUGGGAAGAAAUGAGGGACAAAUAUGGUGCAGAUAAAAGGAGUUGGUUAGUAAAUUUAUACAAUCAUCGAGAUCAUUGGGCUCCAGUGUAUCUUAAAGACACUUUUACUGCAGGAAUGACAUCUACUCAGCGGAGUGAGGGAAUUAAUGCUUUUUUUGAUCAUUUUGUGAAUGUAAAUACCGAGUUACAUGAUUUUGUUAAGCAGUAUGAUAAUGCUGUCAGAGCUCGCCGAGCCGCUGAACUUGAGCAAGAUUUUAAGUCCACAAACUCAGUUCCUACAUUGAUAAUUGAACAUCCCAUUGAAAAACAAGCUCGGGAGAAUUAUACGAAGAAUCUGUUUACUAUCUUUCAGAAAGAACUCAAGGAUAGUUACUCCAUGCUUCAUGAAAAGUUGUCGAAGGACGGCGCAAGUGCUACUUAUGCCGUUUGGAAUAUAGAUAGCGAGGCUGAAAGCAAGAAGAUAGUAAAGCAUCAUGUUGUUUUCGAUACAUCCAAAGAAAAAAGAAUUAAGUGCUCUUGUGCGAGAUUUGAGAUGGAAGGUAUAUUAUGCAAACAUAGCUUGCACAUUUUAGUAAAGAAGCAAGUAUUAGAAAUUCCAUCAAGAUAUAUCAUGCAACGAUGGACAAUUAAAGCAAGACAUGUUGGUUGCGGAGUUGUUAGAAAUUGCAUUACAAAUAGUGAAGACCAACUAUCUAUCAUUAAACAUUGGGCCCUUAGGAGUAGAUGUAACAAGGCACUAGAAGAUACAUUGACUUCAAGUACACUUCAUGAUAAGUUUAGUGCUUUUUUAGACUCAUUUUUUGAAGAAGUUGAGAAUUCCAAGAUUGAGAAGGAACAUAACGACAAUGGAAAUGAGAGCAAUGCCAGCAAUAAGAUGCCUACUUCAUCCAUACCCAUCUCUAUAGAGGAAGCAACUCAAAUCACUAUUCGUGAUCCAGAUAAGCCUGUUGCCACGAAGGGACGACCAGCACAUGCUACUAGAAUUAAGUCGGGAGUGGAGAUAGCACAAGAAAAGAGUAUAAAAAAACAAAGAUUUUGUGGGUUUUGUAAGGGAAAAGGACAUUAUAUAACGAGUUGUCCUUUAGCUAAGGUAUUAUACUUAAUCUUGAUUUAAUAUUUUUUCAAUGUCUUUGCAUUUGUCAUGAUAAAGUUGCAAUUUUUUUUGUAGAACAAAAAUGUUGCUCGUGGAGGUCGAGAAAGUUAACGGCAUCGCCAAAACAAAGUUUACGGAGGGCCAAAACAAAGCAUGUGUUUCGGUUGAAUGUUCACAAUUUGAUUUAUUCACUUUUCCCUUAAGAUUUAUGUAUGUAUGGAUGAUAAUGUGGUUGUAUGGAUUAAUCAUGUAUGGAUGAUAAUUUGAAUUAAUUUUUUCCCCCAGAACAAUGAGGAACAAAACAG